UAAUUCUAUUUUAUUACUGUAAGUCAAAGGUUUGAGUUGAGGACUUACAUAAUAUUAAUAUAAAGCAAGAAACAGCUGAAUUUUGAAGGGCUGGUUUAUGCACGUUCUUAAUCAGCUAAAGAUCCAAUUACAAAAAGGAAUAUUUAAAUUAAUUGCAUAAUCAGGAUAUCAUCAUGUCUACAACCGGGUAUGAAAACAUGCUGGAAAAAUAUCGAGAUGUUGAUGAAGAUGAAAUUAUGUCAGGAUUGUCUAAAGAUGAACUUGCACGCCUGGAGAGCGAAAUAGACAGAGAGAUAUUAGAAAAACCUCCAGAUCUAGAAGAGCCUUAUGCGUCAGAUGGAUACACAACUGCUACAACUUCGUCAGAUGAUUCGGAUUCAGAUCAUGCUGACGAAGAGCCACCUCCCAGAGAACAGCAGACAAAAGAACCAGGAGAAGUUAGUCACGAGCCAGCAUUCGUUAAAGGGAAGCCCGAAGCUUUUGCUAUAGGAAAAUUGGAUAAAACACAAUUACGACCUGUACCGAAGACUCUUACGAGACAGAAAAGUAAAGAUAAACAUACCUUCAAAUUACCUGCAUUGAAGAAAACUACAGGAAAUAAAAAUCCAAGUGGGGAUGGUAAAGCUGAUUUGAAAGAUGAACUCAUUCAAGCAGUCAAGAAGAAAGAUAAACGAAGAACAAAGCGGGGAAAUAGCAGCGGUGUGGUUAUGAGGCGCCCAAGUUGCGGCGUUUCGAGAGCUCGCAGAAAUUCAAAAGUUAUUCGACAUAGGGAUGGGAACGAACACCAACUAGAUAGUUUCGUCAACAAAAACUUUGUGACAAGUGAGAUGCUGAACUUGAGACCUAAACUGCGAAAGGUUCAAAUCAAAGAACCAAAAUUGGUACUCCCAGAAGAAUUACAUGGCGUCAGCUUCAACAGAAUCACUGCUGGAGCCAGGAGGAAGAAUGAAGAGGGAGAACUUGAUGAAGAAGACAUUGAUGAAAUGGAGCCAGAGCCUGCUAUCAGUGAGGAUGGCAAUGCUUCGCGUAGUUCUGCGUUUGGUUAUGACGCCGAUAAUGACGUCACACCCUCCCUGAGCGACGAAAGUUCGGCACUCCCGGGCGAUGACUGUGAAACUGAACCAGAAAAACAAGGUCGGAAAAAGGCCAUGUCAGAAAGCAGCGAAGCUCCAAGUGACGGACCUCUUACUAUGGCAUCAACCACAAGUACGAGCGCAGAUUCAUGUGACGUGUUUGGAGAACUUUCAAUAAAUCCAAACAGCGUGGAAGAGAUGAUUGAGAGGGUACGAGAUGAUGACCCAAUGCUCACAGAGGUAAAUCUAAACAACAUUCACGAGGUUCCAAUUGAAAGAUUUGAAGAAUUAGCAGAUGCGAUGCAAGAAAACACACGCGUAACAUCAUUGUUAUUGGCAAACACAGGAUUGACAGACAGGGCUGCCAAAGCUCUGGCGUCGAUGCUUAAAAGAAAUAAAACGUUGAAAAAAUUGAACAUCGAAUCGAACUUCAUCACAGGGGAUGGUGCUCGAAGAGUCGUGUCUGCUUUGCGAAAAAACAAUAGUUUGACAGAACUUUCAAUAGACAAUCAAAGGCAUAUAUUUGGUGCCAAGGUCGAGAUGGAAAUGAGUAAACUAUUGAGGGAAAACACAUCUCUGCUGAAGUUCGGAUACCAAUUCGCAAAUCCAGGACCCAGAAUGGCGACGUCGACUAUUCUGACGAAAAACAUCGACUUGGUAAGAAAGAAGAGAGUCGCUGAGGAAAAGAAGCGCAGAGAAGCAGGAGGGUCGAAACGUCCACCUCUUCGUAGACAACCAAGCAGUGAGUGGUAUCGAAAAGAGAGACUUGACCGUUUAAGAAAACUACAGGAACAAACCAAAAAUCUACAAUACGAUGCUAAUGGAAAAAUUAAGGCUUCUGAUAAUGUUCAGGAAGGCGAGGUGGAAAAAGUCCUGAAAAACAUGAAUCCGGAUGAAGUGGCAUUGUUGGAGAGAUGGUUCACAUCCAAGUUAUUGGGAAUGGUUGAUGGUCCUCCCGUUGAUAAAAGUAACGAACCAAAAGAAAAGAAAGCAUCGCCGAAAAUGGAGCGAAUAAAACAAGAAUCAAAACCCAAACAGUCGCCGGAAAAGCCAGAUGACAAUCUUUUGCGACCUCCAGCUCGAGCAAAACGAAGCAAAAGUCCAGUUGCUAGCAGAGAUGACUUGAUGGAUUCUAUUCGAAAACAAAGUACUAAGCUCAAAAAGGUCAAACUACGACCGUUUGAAUCUCCAAGUCGACUUGGCAAUACCGACUCAGAUGUCGAGGUAAGACCUCUUCCAAAAGAGAAGAAAAUAGACCCUCCACCACAGAAUAAAGAUAAUUCAACGGAUGAGAAAACAAAAAAGUUAAAAGAUCAAGCCGGCACAACAGGAAAAUCCAAAGUAGAUUCUGAUAUCAAAACGCAGCAACCAGAUACAAAAACACAAUCGAAGAAGCCGGAUCCAGUAGAUUCAUCAAUAAAAACUGAAACCAGAGGCCGACAGAAAGCUCUCUCGGAACCAAAACCUGCUAAGAUUGAGCCAUCAAAUUCGUCAAAGCAGUCAUAUAUCUCAUCGCAAAGAGAAAAAGCCAAGAGUGAAGAAGUCAAAGUGAAACCCACGAUAACGAAAACCAAACCAUCUUUUGAUGAAGGAUGUGAGCAAAUUAAUAUACGCAACAGAUCACCUGAUUUAACAGCACACAAAGAGCUUACAGAAAGUAGUGACAAUUCUGAACUUUUGAGUCACAAAAAUGAUGACGAAGCAAGGCUUUCAUCCUCAUCACCUGAAGUACGAGAAUGGAAGGAAGGCGAGGAGUAUGACAGCGACGAAUAUGAAGUCGUUGAAAUAGAGGUCACAGAUUCUUCAGAAGAACCGGAAAGUGGAGAUAAUGACAAGGCGUCUGGAAAAAUCGAAGAUAAUAAAGAGAAACCGCCUACACCACGUGAUUCAACCCCUAGCCCUUCUCGUGAUCGUUGUUCGAGAUCACCCACAGGACAUCAUGAAAGAUUCGCACAUAAUCGACCACCACCCCUGAGUGCAAGUAAUAGCUCGGAUCACCCAGCUAUCCUCAAAAGGCCCGACGACACAGAUAUAAGAAACCUGGGCAGAAGUAGUUCCCCACGCAUGCGCACAGCUUCGCCUAUUUCAUCGCAUGGGUCAAAUCCACGAACACCCAUAUCUCCUCGCACCCCCAGGUCGCCACCUAACCAACACUCGUUUGGUACGCCAAGUUAUACCAGAAGCUUGUCAAGAAACAGCAACAGUUCCACAGAAAAUGCCAAAUCAAGCCCAAGAUUCACAAGACCAACUCCUCCGAGAUCCUCCCGACUAAAUCGAUCUAGACCGGCGGAUGAUGAAGAACCAAUAUGCCCGAAGGCGAUGUCCACUAUAGAGUCAUUUUUUAGUUUCAAAUAGGUCAAUAUGGGUGAGAAUGGUUACCUGUGAAAGAGACCAUAUUGCUAUCAACUUCUCUGUUAUGUGUUUCAUUUUUGCCAAACACUAUAUAUAUAUAUAACAAUAUUAAACACUUGCGAUGGCCGCGGUCAAGGCCAUGUGCUACUUACUAUACCGAUAUAUAUAGCAACGCUUUAUGGCCACUAUGCUGGGUUUCAAUCCUACUAAAUGAAACUUGGUAUAUUGCUUCAAUUUCAGUGCACUGUCUUCUUAUCGCUACUUUUACUGUCACGGCGUUGAAUGCUUUUCUGGAUGCAUUUAUAGGUUUGUAUAUUUGUAUCAUUGACCUGUUUAUAAUUUAUAUGUGAAAACGCUUGAAUUAAAUGACAAGAAGUCCUUA